GCGUAAAGAAGUGUGACGCACAGGCACAGCUCACGCAGCGACAUGAUCACCAUCUGAUAAAAAACUGAGGCAAUCCCAUCACAAAGAGAUGAAAUAAAAGAAGAAACGGUGCCAUGUCCUGUCCUCUCCUCUCCUCACUGAGACUCAGACGACCUCCCGUCGCCUCUUCUCCACACUCACCUCCGGCUCCAAGGCAUAAACCUCUCCCUCCCUCCCUAUCUGGCAAUCAUCAUUGUCAACAAUGGCGGAACCCAAGGCGGCCAAGAGCAAGUCGUCGUCCAAGUCCAAGAAACACCACCACCAACCGGGGGACGGCGAGGCGUCCAAGAAGGCCACCAAGGCGAAGGCCGAGGCCACGGCCGCACCGGCGCCGUCGCUCGACGCGCACUUCAAGCCGUGCGCCGACGUGGCGGGCCUCCGCUUCGGCGCUCAGCUCGUCACGCGCGCGCUCACCGUGCGCCGCGCCGGGCCGCUCGAGCUGCCGCACCUGCUCCGAGUAGCCGUCCCUGACGCCGGCACCGGGCAGGAUGCCAAGGACAAAGGGACGCAGCCGCUGUCGUUCGCGCCGACGACGACCGCGUACAUCCCGACCAACUUCGCCAUCCUGGCGCACCACGCGUGGCACACGCUCACGCUCGGGCUCGGCACCAAGAACUCCAAGGCUGCCGUCUUCGUCUUCGAGUCAGCCGCCAUGAAGGCCAUCGCCGACGCCGCCUGGCCGCAGGUCCUGCCGCUCGGGGACGUCGGAAAGCGCCUCCUCCGUGCCGCCCCGGGCGCGCCGGAGAUGGCCCGCUUCAAGUUCCGCAAGGGCUGCGUCACCUUCUACAUCUACGCCGUCCGGACCGCCCGCGCGCGCGGCUUCGCGCGCGCCGACGAGCUCAGGGCGGUCAUCGAGGCAGUCGCCAAGCUCAAGGACUUCUUGGACCACACUGCCAUGCUCGCGCUUCCGGGUCAGAGGAGCAUUGACGCCGCCGCUCCGGUCGGCAUCGUGCAUUGAUGCAAACUUACAUUUGCUUUUCUGUAUAGAGAUAUCUUCUUCCUUCUUCUCCUUUCGUUCUGGCGUGUGAUUAAUUUCUGAAUGUGGCAUCUAAAAAAAAAACUGAAUGUGAGCACUUGUUUUGUGGAUUGAGAUGCUGAGAAAUUCCUGAAACUCUCCAAUUAGUCCAUUGGCGAUUGGCAUCAGGAGAUGUAACUGUAAUUCACUCUUAGCCUUAGGCAUAUGUUCCAGGUUGGAAAAUGGGAAGCUGAUCUUAGCCCUCUGCAAUAUUAUAAGUGAAUCUUCAACAGUCUAA